AUGAAGUUCUCUUCAUAUCUCGCGGCCGCGGCCAUCGUGUCCGGUGUCCAGGCUUCUCCGCACCCCGCACCUCAGCAACAACAGCUCUUGGGCGUGCCAUCCUCAGCCUCCCAGUCCAGCUACAGCCAGGAAGGCCUAGACGAUAUAAUCAGCCACUCACCUCUACUAUCCCUCCACCGAGACCUAGUCAAGAUCUCAUCAAUCUCCGGCAACGAGCACGAUGUCGGCCUCUUCGUCGCGCAAUACCUAGAAGCCCGGGACUUCACCGUGGUAAAGCAAGAAGUGCCCCCAGUGAAAGGCCAAGAGGACGCCAAAACCCGCUACAACAUUUACGCCAUUCCGAAAUCAUAUACAGAACCCCCCUCAAUCCUCCUCACAAGCCACAUCGACACCGUCCCACCAUUCAUCCCAUACUCCGUGCACCAGCCCGACUCCACCUCCACCUCCCCCGACAACCUCAUCCUAGCAGGCCGAGGCUCCGUCGAUGCAAAGGGCAGCGUCGCAGCCCAAAUAUUCGCAACCCUCGAAACACUAUCCUCAAACCCCGACGCCAGCCUCGGCCUUCUCUUCGUCGUCGGCGAAGAAAUCGGCGGCGACGGCAUGAAACUCUUCUCAAACUCAUCCCUCAACACGAACUUCAAAACAGUCAUCUUCGGUGAACCAACAGAGGCUGCCCUCGUCGCAGGCCACAAAGGCAUGCUCGGCUUCAAGGUUCUCGCUCACGGAAGCGCAGCGCACUCCGGAUACCCAUGGCUAGGCAAGAGCGCUGUCUCAGCGAUUCUGCCUGCGCUCUCGCGCGUAGACGUGCUAGGUGAUAUCCCCGUCGAAGAGGGCGGUUUACCUUCCUCCCCGAAGUACGGACCGACGACGCUGAAUAUCGGCGUUAUUGAGGCUGGAGUCGCGACGAAUGUUGUUCCUUCUGAGGCGUGGGCGGAUGUUGCUGUGAGACUUGCGGCUGGUACGCCUGAUGAGGCGCGGGAGAUUAUUCAGCGGGCUGUUGAUGAGGCGGUUAAGGAUGCUGAGGCGGAGGUUGUUUUGGACUUUAUCUCUCAUGGCGAGUCUUAUCCCCCGCAGGAUUUGGAUGUUGAUGUUGAUGGGUUUAAUGUUACUACCGUUAAUUAUGGUACUGACGUGCCGAAUCUGGUUGUCGGUGCUGAUGUUAAGCGCUACUUGUAUGGGCCUGGCAGUAUCUUUGUUGCUCAUGGUGAUAAUGAGGCGUUGACCAUUGGUCAGAUGAAGGAGGCUGUGGUUGGUUAUAAAAAGUUGAUUGAGGCUGCGCUGGCGAGAGAGAAGGGUGAGGUGGCCGUAUGA